GGCUGUUGAUCCUCCAGGAAAGUGAAUUUGGGCUGCUGACGACACUUCCCCUCUCCGCUCGGGUUAUCCCUAGAUUUUUCUCUCCUCUCUGCGCUCCGGGACGCCGCGAAGUGAACUUUUCUCCGUGUUUUCGGCUCCGCGGUGAGACUCCAGCAUGUCGCCGCCGUCUCGACGGCUUCAGACGAAGCCAGUGAUCACCUGCCUGAAGACUUUCCUCAUCUCCUACAGCCUCAUUUUCUGGUUCACAGGCGUGAUCCUGCUGGCGGUCGGGGUGUGGGGGAAGGUGAGCCUGGAGACCUUCAUCUCCCUGGCUUCCGAGGAGAGCACCAAUGCACCAUAUGUCCUCAUUGGGACCGGAGCCACCAUCAUUAUUUUCGGACUGUUUGGAUGCUUCGCUACGUGCCGCGGAAGCACAUGGAUGCUGAAACUGUAUGCCAUGUUUUUGACCUUGGUGUUCCUGGCUGAACUCGUGGCCGGAGUCUCAGGCUUCAUCUUCAGGCAUGAGAUCAAGGCCAAAUUAGGAACGGCCUAUAAGAACGCUGUCAAGUCGUACAAUGGCACCGACACCAGCAGCUCUGCAGUGGACGCCAUCCAGAGGACUCUGCAGUGCUGCGGAGUGAAAAGUUACAGCGACUGGAACGAGACGGCUUACUUUAAAGAUAACGGCAUCCCUGCCAGCUGCUGUAAGACCAGCGCCAACUGCUCACCUGAGACCCUGAAAGACCUCAACAAAGCUGCGAAUGAAGUGUACACGAGGGGCUGCUUCACACUGGUGACCUCCGUGAUGGAGGGAAACCUUGGAAUCAUCGCUGGGAUCUCUUUCGGGAUCGCAUUCUUCCAGCUCAUUGGGAUAUUCCUGGCCUGCUGCUUGUCUCGAUACAUAACCAACAACCAGUAUGAGAUGGUCUAGCAGUCACCCUGCACAGGUUACUGAUGGGCAGCUCCUGGUGCAAACCGAGUCCACGUUUUAUUAUUGUGUAUGUUUGUGUUAGUCGUUAUCUUUUUAGAGAGGGAAAACACUCGCUGCUUCAUUCUUUUAUUCGAUCUCACCGAUGACAAACAAGCAGAAGGGAAACAUGCGAAAGGGAAAUCACAAGGGGAAAAAAAUCCCCGCAGCUUCGUUUGACCAAAAGGAGAAGGGACGGGAAAACACCGGAGAUCAUUUGUCACUCCUGGGAUCCAAUUAGGGAAUUUCCAUUAAAGCGUAGAUGUCAAUAUGUAGUUGUUACUUUCUCAUUUGACUUAAUUCAUUUUCACAUCUUGUCUUGCAACUGCCUUAUUUUGUAAUUUUGCUAUUAAUUAGUCUGUAGCAGACAAUAAGCUGAUAAAAUCGUGUAUUUCUGUGUGUCAUAAGCCUGAGAGACGGAUGAGAGUUCGCCACCCUGAAAUCAAGAUUUUGUGAUUUUUAUGGGUUGUGGGGUAAACGAGCCUAAUGUGGGCCAGUACUGUUGACAGCCAGCGUUCUUGUGUGCCAAUUAUAGCAGCCAGCCGACUUUAUAAGACAGUUUCCAGUGUUAAAUUGUUAUUCUUUUGUGGAUGCAUGUGAAAUACUUGAAAAAAUAAAGACGAAAUCUGUAA